AUGGCUCUUCGUGGUAUCUUGACGAGGCUGAGGUUCCAUCCACCAGUACAACCUGUCCUGUCUCGCGAGGAGGUAUUGAAGUUGCACAAUGUCUUUUGCAAAUACAACCCGACUCACUGUCGCCGGAGUCUCAUGACAACGAAAUGUUUCGCCCCAAGAGUCAUUAGGCGAUCGGUUGGGUCUCUAUCUCCUGCACGGGCAACCGACCAUGAUACAGGCCUUGCUCCCUUUCGCAAGGACGACCUGCCGCCUGACUUGGAAGUGCCAUCGCCGGUGACCAUUGACGAUGUCGAAGCAACAAAGUGGUCUGAAACGACGGACGUCCUGGUCGUAGGGUUUGGUGCUGCCGGUGCCGCAGCUGCCCUCCAAGCUCGCGAGUCCGGCGCCCAGGUGAUCGCGGUCGAUCGUUUUGGAAAUGGCGGUGCGACAUUCUUCAGUGGCGGCGUUAUUUACGCCGGGGGUACAGAAGCCCAGCGCCAGAAUGGUGUCAACGACUCACCCGAGGAGAUGUUCAAGUACCUGAACACCGAGGGUUGUCCUGUUCAACCGGAGACGUUGCGAAAAUUCUGUCAGGACAGUGCUGGCAAUGUCGAAUGGGUGGUCCAGCAUGGCCUGCUGUACGGUGGCCCAGUCUUUACCGAAAAGACAGCAUUUCCACCCGCGCCGUACAAGAUCUACUAUUCGGGCAAUGAGGCCAUGCCCUCGUAUGCGGAAAAAGCGAAACCGGCGCCACGCGGCCACAUGGCGGCAGGUAAAGGCUUUGGAGGCUCCAAGUUGUACAAGACCCUCCGCGACGCUGCUGAGAAGGCCAAAGUCAGGUUCCUGCCCCAUACCAAAGUCACUCGACUUGUCGUCGACCGCGACCGUCGUGUUGUCGGUGCAGAGGUGCUGAGUCUCCCUCAGAGCCUCUGGAAACAACACGACAAAUUGUUCAACACGGUGCACCCAUGGGUACCAUUCAACGCUGGUCGUUCUAAGAAGGCCAUCAAGGAGGCGACAGACAUGGAGGCCCGGGUGACCGAGCGAAAGCUAAUCAGGGCCCGGCACGGCGUUGUGCUGUGCUCUGGCGGCUAUAAUCGUAACUUGUCACUGGUCGAAAAGUACCAACCCGUUCUGGCAAAGCACUACGAAAAGACGUUGCCGCUGGGCUCCAUCAGCGACAAUGGAGCCAGUGUCGCUUUGGGAGCGUCAGUAGGGGGCGUGUCGUCCUUGCUGAGCCAUAUCAGUGUUGCACGAACAAUGGUACCUCCCAACGUCUACGCCAAUGGAGUACUGGUGAAUGCUCACGGCAAGCGGUUCAUCAAUGAAGGAGCAUAUGCGAUGUUCAUCGGUACGGAAAUGCUCAAUCAGCCCGACGGGAGGGGCUAUCUGAUCCUCGAAUCCCGAGACUUCUGGUACGGCGUGUACAAGUCUUUCUUCACCGGGGGCAACUUCCUGCUCUGGGGCGCCCCGGCACUCAUCAACAUCUUCUUCGGCGGUACUCGACGAGCUCGAUCGCUGGAGAAGCUUGCAAAGAAGAUCCAAGUCCCUCCGCAGGGACUGAGAGAGCAGAUCGAGGAGUACAACACCGCCUGCCUCUCAGGCCAGGCGGACAAAUUGGGCAAGCUGAAAGACAUUUUCCGCCCGGUUGCCAAGGGUCCCUUCUACGCCGUCAACGUAUCUCUCGGGAACAAGUUCAACCCGGCGCAGUCGAUCACCAUGGGCGGAUUGGUCGUGGACGAGCAAACAGGAAACGUCAAGCGCGAAGAUGGCAGCGCGGUGCCCGGCCUGUACGCCGCCGGGAGAGCAGCUGUUGGGGUUUGUUCGGGCGGAUUUGUCAGUGGGAUGGCGUUGGCCGAUGCCCUCUUCAGUGGUCGUCGAGCAGGCCGUACUUGUGCCACUCGUCCGCUCGCGGCCUCAGGGUAG